AUCGAGUCUCACUCUCAUAUCCUCUCCCAGCCCAAAUUCAGAGCUCAGUUGCAUGCAGAACCUCACAUGCAGACACUUUGCACUUUUAAAUGUCUAAAAACUUUAAAGGUUUUCUAAUCAGAAUAAGAACUGAGGUAGAAGGAGGAUGAGCUCCUGCCUUCCUUGUUGCUUUUUAGAAUUAUUAUUUUCAAAAAGUUUAGCUGCUGUGCUCCCCAAUCACUGCUAUCUUAAAAAUACUGCAUUUCUCCACUGAUCUCUGUGAUGAACCUUCACACAAAAAAAACCAUUUGUACAGACACCUGAAACUGGCCUCACUUGUCAAUCUAUAUAGAGUAUUAAGUCCAAGUAGAGAUUUUUUUUGCCCACCAUUUUUAGUAUGGGCUCCACUACACAGAAGCGCCAUAUUUGUUUGGGGACAGGUCUACUUCCGGACUGGACUUUCCCCCCUGGCUUUUAGGGGAGCAACGGCAGCUGCUGUCAUUUUUUCCUUUUGCUCCAUGUAAUCACUGCGGGUGAAUCUUUUGGAGGGGGAGUUUGUUUAUGACUGUAAUGGGGAAAAGAGAAAGUUGACUGUUACUUUUUGAACUAUAAAAUAUUAGCUGGGAAUUGGAAGGGUGAGAUAAGGGGAGGGGAAUUUAAAAGCAGCCCUGAGCAAAAUGAUGCAAGAGGCGUGAAAGAAUAACUGUAAUAUAAUAAAAAUAAUAUCAAGUAAACCUGAUUUAGGGAGGGAGGUGGGAAGAAGAAAGGGAAGUCCAGAGAGAACAUACAGUAAUUGGUUUUGCCCUGUGGAACGCCUUGCCCAUGUAUGGUGAAGGGUAAUGAUAGGGUUUGACACCUUAUCCUUUUUAUUUUUGUUUUAGAUUUAUUUGUUAUCUUUAAUUUCCAGGUUUUUUUAAUCAGGCUUUUCUUUUCCCCUUUUAACUGCACCCAUCCGUCAGGGAUUCUUUAGUUGUGAUUCCUGCAUUGCAGGGGGUUUCCAACUGGAUAUGAUUCCGUGAUCCUGACACAUAGGAACACUGGAAAGCUUUUCUCGGGGUUCCUCUGACAAAUUUUAGCUGCAAUGUCUAUGUGUUGGCUUACUGUGAAAAAGCAGAGCCUGCUGGCUUUGGGUUAACUUUUCCCUGAGCAGAACCACCCUGAGACAUUUUCCCAACCCACGUCGUAUCAAUAUGUGAUCUGAAAGGUGUGCUACAGGACCUUCAACAUCUCCCCUGAUGUGAGGGAUACAAGGGUGCAGCUAUCUGACUGUGCACCAUUUCCUUGGCAACUGGACCAAUGGGUCUUUCUCAUCUCUUAAACUGAUGGGGACUGAGCCUGCUUCUUAAAUACUUCUGGUGCAAGGAAUAGAUGUCACUUAGAGCUCUGAGUCGCUUUCUUCUCUGUUUCUGCCCUUAGCCAGAAGUGGCUUCUGCAGACUCCCUGUCUGCGUAGGAGAAAAGCAGGCAAGGGGAGGCCCUCCCUCUGCUCAUUUUCCAGCUCCAAAUCACCCUCUUCUCUAUUGCUUUCCUGCCUGUGAAAGAACAGAUGAGGGAGACCCAGUAUCUUUCCCCCUGAAUCUGUGUAUGAUUGAAGGAACAAAGGAAAAAGGUUAGGCUGUCAUAUCCAGCUGGACUCAUUUACUCUUAAUUUACUCCUAAAUUGCUUUUUAAUACUUUUGUUUCAUUUUAAAAAAAUAAAAUAAUCAGAGGCAAGAAACACAAACCCCCUUAUAUCUAGGUGAAUCCUGCAGUGUUCUGCUUUGUGGAACACUAUUUUUCUCGCUGGUGGCUGGUGGGAGUUGUAGUUCAAAAUAGCCAGAGGGCACCAGGUCAGGGAAGGCUGUUCUAGGUCCCCUUUGUGUUGGAGGCAUGCAUUUCCCAGAUGCUUCGAAAGAAGAUGUGUUUUUUCCCCAUUGUCUCAUCUAGGUUGAGAGCGGUGAUCCAGAAGCCAUUGCAAACACUUUGCCUCGCUGGUGGGAAGCCAUUUGCAAGGAUCCAAAGCCGAACCCGUGGCCACAGGUAACUGGCCUCUGAGAAGAUGUAAGAACUGACAAUGACAUUUGUACAUUUUAAGAGCUCAGGGUCUCUCCACCACUCUAUACGCCUGAGAGGUAGUUUGGGCUGAUACAGUACAGCCCCAGGAGAUCAAGUAGCCUUCAUGCUUGAGCAGGGAUUUAAAUAUCAGAGCGUAUUUGCACGAAACAAACCAUAGUUAGUCAAACCAGCCUGUGCAUGAGCUCAAACGGUCUCUACAUUGCUCUUCCCUUUCUUGAGCAGGGAGACAAACCACAGAGUGGCUGGCUUAAUGUGGUGCUUGUGUGGGUUUUCACAGUCAGUUCUGCUCUCUCCCCUGCUGCUCCAGAUUCAAAGCCAUGUCUACGGGGGGUGCAGGACCCCUGAAGCCCCUUAUUGCCGUCUGCCAGAUGACCUCCACUCCCAACAAAGCCCACAACUGGGCAUCCUGCUCACAACUCGUCCGGGAGGCUGCCCAGAGGGGGGCCUGCGUCGUCUUCCUCCCAGAAGCCUUCGACUUCAUUGGCAGCAGCGUGGAGGAGGCCCUGAGCCUAGCUGAGCCCUUGGAGGGAGACCACCUGCAGCGUUACAUCGGGCUGGCUAGGUAGGACUUGCUGGGGCUGCCCUGUGUGGAUGUGGCAGGGCUUUGUCUGUGAGAGUGUGGCAGAGGCAAUGGCCAGGCACUUGCAGGUAACCCCCCCUCAACCCCCCCCCCAUUUCUCCUCUUUUGACAGGGAAUGUGGCGUAUGGUUGUCCCUUGGAGGCUUCCAUGAAAAAGGCAGUGAUUGGGAGAGCACAGGAAGGAUCUACAACUGCCACCUCCUCUUGGAUCCCAAAGGUGACGAAAUUGUCUUCGUAUAGGAUGCCUUCUCUCCCCAAACUGCCCAAAUCUCCCUAAACCACUCCUUCCUUCCCUCCCUCUUUCUCGCAAUCAGUUCUUCACUAACCAAAUGGCACAUUCAUUUUCAAUUUCAUUUACAGUGGUACCUCGGGUUACAUACACUUCAGGUUACAGACUCAGCUAACCCAGAAAUAGUACCGCGGGUUAAGAACUUUGCUUCAGGAUGAGAACAGAAAUCGUGCAGCGGCAGAGCAGCGGCAGCGGGAGGCCCCAUUAGCUAAAGUGGUGCUUCAGGUUCAGAACAGUUUCAGGUUAAGAACAGACCUCCAGAACGAAUUAAAUUCUUAACCCGAGGUACCACUGUAUUCCAUUUAUAUCCCACCUUUUCCUCCAAGGUGGCGUACAUCCUUACAACAACUCUGUGAGGUAGCUUAGGCUGAGGGAUGGUGACUGGGCACGCUGAGCGGGGAUUUGAACCCCAGUUUUUCCCAGGUCUUAGUCUGACACGCUUAUCUGCUACAGCAUACUGGCUGUCUCAUGCAACACUGGUGUCAGAAGAGCUCCCUCCUGAAACCAGCCAGCAGGGAAGGGAUAGAAACGCUGUGGCCUGCCUCUUCCUUCCAGCUUCCCUGCAGCUCCCAUGGCUAGCCUCACUAUGUUGAUGCCUUAGCAGCCAUGAAACUAUAAGGACCACCGGCCCCCGCCUUCCGAAUCUCCUAAUCUUAUCCUUCUCUUCUCGGGGAGGCUGGCCUCAGGAAGCCUGGUGGCUGCCUAUCGGAAGACUCAUCUUUUUGACGUAGAGAUGGAGGGGCGAGUGUCCCUCAAGGAAAGCGCCUUCACCAACCCAGGCUCCAAGAUAGUGGCUCCUGUGGAGACCCCGGCCGGAAAGGUACGUGCAAAAUAUUCCACAGACAGGUGUUGGUUACAUCGUUUGAGACCAAUAAGCUAAGCAAAGUUGAGUGCAAAGCGUGGUGGUGGUGUUUUUAAUAAAAAAAAAAUUGUUUGUAAUUAAUCUGGAGUUUGGGAUGAGCAGCGAGGUGGCCAAGUUUGCUGAUGAUCCCAGAUGGUUCAGGAUGGUUAAAAUAAAGAGGGAUGGUAAGGAGCUUCAAAAAAGAUCUCUCCAAACUGGACAAAGGAGCAUUAAAAUGGCAAACGUAGUACUGCAAAUCAGGGCAAAAAAAAAUCCUAAAAUUCAUAUAUGCAGGUGCAGGCAGGACAGACAAGAGAAGGCACAGUACUUCAUGAUGCAGCACAGAGUUAAACUAUGGAACUCCCUUCCACAGGAGGCAGUGCUGGGCAUCAACUUGGAUAGCUUCCAAAGAGGAUUAGAACGAAUCACGGAGGAGAAGGCUAUCAACAGCUAUGGGCCACAGUAGCUAUACAGUCAUACCUCAUGUUAUGUUUGCUUCAGGUUGAGCGUUUUCAGGUUGCGUCCUGCGGUGACCUGGAAGUACCGGAAAGGGUUACUUCCGGGUUUUGCUGCUUGUGCAUGUGCAGACGCACAAAAUGACGUCAUGCGCAGAAGCGGCGAAUCGCGACCCAUGCAGACGCGGGUUGCAUUCUGCUCAUGUUGCAAACAGGCCUCCGGAACGGAUCCGGUUCGCAAACAGAGGUACCACUGUAUUUUACUUUCACUGUCAGAGGCAGUUUGUCUCUGAAUGCCAGUUGCAGAGAAUCACAGGUGGGGAGAAGUCUGCGCUCAGACUCCCUUGCUCUGGGGCUUCCCACUGGAGCAUCUGAUUGGGCCUUGGGAGAGCAGGAUGCUGAACUAGAUGGCCCAUAGGUCUGACCCUGCACCCAGGCACUUCUUAUGUUCAGACUUAUGUAGGCUGCCAAAGGCUCUUCCCCAACAUAAAAAUUUGGAAUGAUUGAUUAUUGUGGUCUACAGACUAAGAUCAGGAAAAUCAGAAAUAUAGAUACAGUUACUAUAUAAAUGAGGAGAAUAUAAGUGGGAUGAAACUGGUGCUUUCUGCCACUGGCAGGUACAGGGCUGUCUUAAGCAUAUGCGGCGCCGGGGUGCAAAGAUCCAGUGCUUACUAGCCUCCCCCUCUGUCCUCCCUCUCAGGUUGGUCUGGCCAUCUGCUAUGAUCUCCGCUUCCCAGAAAUAUCUAUCGCUCUGGCCCGGGAAGGGGCAGAGAUUCUCACCUACCCAUCAGCCUUCACUGUGACAACAGGCUCUGCCCACUGGGAGGUAAGUGGAUCCAACAUUACAGCGGUUGGGUGGGGUUCUUUCCAGGAAUCCUUUCAAUUAGAGCAGGCAUAGGCAAACUCGGCCCUCCAGAUGUUUUGGGACAACAAUUCCCAUCAUCCCUGACCACUGGUCCUGUUAGAUAGGGAUCAUGGGAGUUGUAGUCCCAAAACAUCCGGAGGGCCGGGUUUGCCUAUGCCUGAAUUAGAGGUUAUGGGGGUUGAACCUGGAGCAAAGUGUGCCCUGUACCGAGCUAUGAAUGUGCCAACACACUUUUUGGAAAUAGUAGCUCGUUGCCGUCACAUAGGGCAGUUUGCCCAUGCUCAGACAACCUUGUCCUAAGAAGAAACGCCUUUGUUCUCUUGCAUUAGUGCAGCAAAAACGACAGUAGAAGGGAGGAGGAGACAGCAUAACCCAACAAAUAACAUUGAACUUCUGCGUUUGAAAUUCCUCAGUGAAGGACUUAAGUGCUCAAAAACAUAUUGGGCAUCAAACUGUAUCUUCUACCCCUUUGCUUCCUAUUUUCCCUCCCUGCUCCUCCUGUUCUCCCACAUCAGUGGUUCCCAAGCAGUUUUUGGCAGCUACCCCCUUGGUUCCAUAAACCCAUCCCCAGUGCCCCUUUUUACCCUAUAAAAAGCAUUAUUCAGGAUAGUGGUUUGCACGGCCCACUAAGGAAGGUAAUAACACAAUAAGAUUCAAAAGAUGAACAAUUCAUUGCACAUUUAUUCAAAAUCCAGUUGAAACUAUUUAGUUUAACAAACUUGACCCAGCAGUGAGAUCUGCUUUUCAAGGUCUGGUAGCCAUUUACACCCCCAGCGCCACCCUAGACCCUUCCUGCCUCCUGACCUAAGUGCCCCUCUGAUAGGUAAUCCCAUUGACCUCCUGGGGCCAGUACCGCCCACUUUGAGAACCACUGUCCUGAAUCAACCUCUCUCAACCUGUUACCCUCCAAAUGUUUUGAACUACAACUCCCAAAGAGUACCAUUUUUGUUUUAUUUUUUGGGUGGGGCAGCUGCCCUACAAGAGCAGGGGCCCUCUGAACCAGCUCAGAGGCACUCAAAGCCCUAGAUUUCCGAUAAUGUAAGUUUACAUGCUAGGGAUAGUUAGAAAAAGGAUUUGAAAACAAAACCAUCACUACCAUAAUGCUGUUAUACAAAUCUGUGAUGUGACUGCAUGAUAGCAUUCUGGUUGCCUCGCCUGAAAAAGGGCAGUGCAGAGUUGGGAAAGAACGUUCAGAAAAGGGCAACCCAAAUUAUCAAGGGGGAUGGAGUGACUCUGUUGGGGACAUUUUGGUUUGGAGAAAAGGUAAGAGGUGACGGGAAUGAAAAUUACACAUUUGCAUGGAGAAAGUAGACAGAUUCCUUGCCCCCCAAUAACACUAGAACUUGUGAACAUCCAGUGAAGAUGAACGCAGGAGGGUUAAGGACCAAUAAAGUCCUUAUUCACACAGCACAUGGGUCAAACUAUUGAACUCUCUCCUACAGGAGGCAGCAAUGGUCACCAACAUAGAUGGCUUUAAAAGAGGGUUGCACAAAUUCAUGGAGCAGAGGGCUAUUAAUGGCUGCUUGCUAAGAUUACUAUGCCCGUCUCUAGACAGCAGUGCUUCCAAAUACCAGUUGCUGGAAACUGCAUGAGGGCAGAGGGCUCAGGCCACUGAGAAUAGGAGGCUGGACUAGAUGGUCCAGUGACCUGGAUCCAGCAGGCUCUUAGCUUGUAAUCAGAGUUGGAAAGAACCCAAAUGCCUUAAGUCUUAAGACAAAAGAUCAAAGAUUAUUCAUGUAUGCCACAGCUGCUGCAAGGACUUUGUUGGCCCAAAACUGGAAAUCACAAGAAGUUUCUACCAUUGCAGAGUGGCAGACGAAAAUGAUGGACUAUGCGGAGUUAGCCAAUUCGGGAUCAGGACAAUCAAAGAUUCCAGGAAAAUUGGAGUACAUUUAUGGUAUAUUUAAAGGAUAAUUGUAAAAACUUAAAGACUCUAGCAGGAUUGAAGUAACUCCUACAACAUAGGCAGGAUGAUUAAGAUGUAAAAAGAUAAAAUACGCGAUAGGAUGUGAUAAGGGAUACCAACUGAAGGGAGGGAGGGAGGGAAGUCCUAAGCUCGGCAGAACAAAAGGUUUAUAUGUUGACUAAUGUAUUGUAAGAAUUAAUGUGUAAAGAAAAUAAUAAAAAAUUAUUGGGGGGGGGGGAAAGGAAAGAACCCAAAUGGUCGUCUGGCCCAACCCCCAAUGCAGGAGUCAAAGCUCAAGAAUCCCUGACAGAUGGCCGUCCAACCUCUGUUCAAAAACCUCCAAUGAAGGAGAAACCACCAUGAUCUGAAGUCAUCUCUUCCACUGUUCGGAUGUGUUAUGUUCUCAUGUUAAAAUUUGCAGUGGGCGGAGACAUCGCAGGCUCCACCCCUGACUCUUUUAUACUCCUCCCUCCUCUGCAGGUGCUGCUGCGAGCUCGUGCUGUGGAGACCCAGUGCUAUGUGGUCGCAGCUGCUCAGACAGGAAAGCACCACGCAAGCCGCACCUCCUACGGCCAUGCCAUGGUAGUGGAUCCAUGGGGCAGCGUCAUCGCCCAGUGCCAGGAGGGGCCGGGCGUGUGCUACGCAGAGAUCGACCUUGCCUACCUGCACCGCAUCCGGCAGGAGAUGCCAGUCUUCUCCCAUCGUCGGGCCGACCUGUAUGGCCAGGUGGCUGCUCAGAAGGGAUUCCCAUCCCCAUGAUUUGCUCGGGUGCUGCUGGACCAGCCUCCGGAACCUCUUAUCCUUCUAAUGACCUACCUGGGUGGAUUUUCGCUCCCUCAACCAAUUUGGCACUCCAGCAAUUCUGCUAGAGAGUGGAUGAUAAGUAGAACGACUAAGAGAAAUGUACCCGCUCUCCCAAGUGGAUCCAGGAAAGGACACCUCGCCCCAUAAGCCUGGUCUUUUAUUCCACCUGGGAGGGUGCAUUUGCUCAGAUGAGCUCCAGUGAAUCCUUUGCCCCUAAAUUAGGGGGUGGGGAAUCUGUAAGCCCCCAGAUCCUGCUGGACCUAAAUUCCCAUCAGUUCCAGCCAGCGCGGAAAGAUGAGAGAUGCAGUCCAGGAACAUUCAGAGAGUCAAAGUUUCCCGCCCUCUAACUGAAAUAAAUCUGUCCCUGCUGGAUUCCCACACUUCUUCCCGUCACCUAAUAAUCCAUUUUUAAAAGGGUACAGUAUUGGCCUCAGAACCCAGCUGGCUUCCAAUAGGGUUCUGCCCCUUAGGCAAAGCGUGCUUUGCAUUUAAGUUUCCAUCUCUCUGCUGCUAAGAGUCAAGUAUCACAACUCGCACACACGAUGCAAACUUUUCGGAUCACUUUAUUUUGUGCUGAACAUCAUCCUUCCACUUGAUUGCAACUUAGAGAUGAGGAAUAAGUUUUUAGCAAAUAAAUUUGUCACUUGCAUGCAUGAUGCAGACUUGGAAUAUCUCUUUUUGUUUUGCAUUUUCUGCACUUUUGGUAGUCACAGGGAGAGGCAAGGGCACUGGCACCUUGACCCUGAUUGCUGGGAUCUUGUUCAGCAACUCCUCCGAGGCAGCUUUACUUGAAUUAUUUUUCAAGAUCUAGAAGCUUGGUUUUAAAAACAAACACAAGGUCAGGGUGCCCAGACACCUGCAUCCUGUGGCCAAAUCAUAACUUUCUGCAGAGGGCUAUCCGUUUGUUGCAUGUGCAUUGUUAAAACCAAUUUAAAGCUAAUGAUUUUAACUGUUUGUAUUUUAUCUUGUUAAGUUGCUAGGAGAAUGGGGUUUGCUUUUGGUAUAAGGUAGCUAACAAAUGUAAUAAAUAAUGUAAUGGCUGUUCAUGCGCAGUACUGCCACAUGCACAGCUAAGCAUAAAGUAGACACUCUGAAGCCUUUAAUUAUUUUUUUAAAAGUUAUUUCACACAGCACAUAUUUAAACUAUGGAACUCACUCCCACAAGAGGCAGUAGUUCUCACCAACUGGGAUGGCUUUUAAAGAUCGGACAAAUUCAUGGAGGACUGCUAGCUGUGAUGGCUUUACUCUCUCUCCACAGUCAGAGGAAGAAAAUGCUUCUGAACACCAGUUGCUCGAAAUCACAGGGAGGGAGAAGGCUCUUGUGCGCAACUGCCGCUUGUUGGGUUUCCCACAGGCGUCUAGAUGGCCACUGUGAGAACAGGAUGCUGGACGAAAUGGGCCACUGGCCUGAUCCAGCAAGCUUGGCUUAGAUUCUAAUUAAAUGCAACCCCCGCAAAAGGUGUUGCUGAAUGGGAGCCAGCCAUCAAGGCCCCCAGGCUUGGGUCCCCUAGCUUCAGAAAAGUGGUCGCCAACAGCCACUUUUCCAAACUUCUCAAUGCUAAAUUUCUCCACGAAUUUAUCUAAUCCACUUUCAAAGCCAUGUAGGUUGGUGGGCAUCAUUGCCUCCUAAGGCUGGAAGAUCCAUAGCUUAACUACGCACUGUGUGAAGAAGUCCAUUCUUUCAUCUGCCAUGAAUCUUCCAACAUUCAGCAUCAUUGGGUGUCCACAAGUUGUAACGUUAUGCAAGAGAGGGAGAAAAACCUUUGUGUCGCCUUUCUCCCUGCCAUGCAUAAUUUUAUAAGCUAUAGUUGAACGACUGAGGCUGAAGAGUUACAUUUCAAAAGAUCUGGAGGGCACCCAGGUUGGCAAGAGCUAAAUUCUAGCCAGUUGUAAAUGGGUGUUUUGGUGCCCAGAUUUGUAUCAUUUCCCCCCUGAAGUAUUACCAGUGGGAAACCUCAUUUAAAUGAGCCUUGUUUCCUUGCAAAUUCAAACAAAGGAUGGAGAAUUUGUGGCCUUCGUGUUGUUGGGACUCUGGCUCCCAUCAGCCCCAGUACUGCCACUGGCCAGAACUGAUGGGAACUGAUGGGAAGGUUAGCUUCCCGUGAUUUAAAAUAACCCAGGCUAGAGAACAGAAUUGGGGCUUCAUCCUUGCCCUCCCCGCUCUUUAUUUUCUGUCCCCCAAAGCCACUGCCAGAAGUUUUUUGACCGGCUAGAAUAAUCUACACACGCAAAGGAAAAUGGUAUCUUCAGGAAAACAGAGGUAUUGGGGUACCAGGGGAAGAAAAGCCGAUGUAAUCUGGGCAUGAGCCACUAAAGGUUCAUCCAACGCAUGACUUUUUGCCUCAACUGGAAGUUACCAUUUUCUCCUGCACACACAGGUGAGCAAAGCACAGACCCCUGACAGUAGCAGCAACAAAAGGCAGAAGAUUUUUAUUAUUAUUAUUCUGAGGAAAAACAAAGCUACACUGGGAUUAUGACCAGUUACACUGGAAGUUCCUUUAAAAAAAAAAAAAACAGAAGUCACAGAUUUUACACAAAUUUGUGCCAGAUGUGUUUUGAAAUGGGGAGUGUGUGUGCGUGUGAGUGAGUGAGGGGGGGUACACAAAGGAUAGCGGCAGGGGCCCUUGCACACUUUGCCAAGAUACCUUGUACAGUUGACCUUUUGCAAGCUUGUGUGCCCUGGAUGUUGCAGGAUUAACACUCCCAUCGGGGCUAAUGAGAGCUGUACUCCCACAACGUCCGAAAGAUGUCAGCUUGGCGAAGGCGGUUGCAGAGCUUAAGAGACAUUAGAUACUUGCACAUCAAGUGGAAUAUUUCCCAACCAAUGCAGGAUUAGAUUUUGGCUCAAAAUCUGAUUACACAAUCCAUCGAGUCGAGUGGCAUAGCUUACCCUGGACUGUACCAACUUCAGGCUGAAACAAGGGUUGCUAUGCAAGAGUGGCAUGUCAAGGAGAAGACUAGGGCAAAAUAUCCUCUGCUUUCUUCCUAUCAUUAGCCUUUUCUUUUUAAAGGCUUUUUUUUGUCCUUUCUAGCCCUUUUCUCUCUGGUUUGGUUUUUUUUAAAGCAAUUUACAGAAUGCAAGGUAAGAGUUCUAGUUUCUUCUCCCCCCAAUAAAACAAAUAUAAAGACCAUGUCUUAAAGCUAAAUCAACAUGCCCUUUGUUUUUCUGUACAUUAAAAAAAAACCCAGUUGAAAUGGUACAGCCCAAGGGUAAAGAGCAAUGCCACUUGAUUUUGCCUGCCAGUCAGAUAAACCGCCCCACCAUUGGAACGCUCCUGUUCAUACAUUUCUUAGAUGGAGCCUUCUUUCUUGUUUGACUAGUAAGCCAGAAAAGAGAAACUUGAAGAGGAGUGUGGGGAAGUGAGUGAAUACUACCAUCUGUGCCAUCUGAAAGAAAUCUGAAAGAUUAUAUUGCCUGGGUUGGGGGGAAAUGAUGCUGUUCAGAAGUUACAAGCUUUCUGGAAUAGGCAUCCAAAACCCAAGGGAAACACCACCAUGGCUUGCCAAGGUGAUUUCACAAUACGUACUUAGUGUAAUCCAAUGGAAUCCCAAAAGCAGCAUGUGUAACUCACCCAAUGGAAACACAAAAAUUCAGGAGCAAAACUUUAAAAAAAAUUAAAGAAAAAAGAAUAGAUAAUCCCUUUUAAAGAGUGACUUGGGAUACUUGAGCAGGCUUCUUCCAAUACGUAUGCUUUUAUAAUAAAAAAUAAUAAUUGAUUUCCCCCACUGACGGAGCCUAAGGAAGUCCCAAUCUAUCUCCUGGGACAGGGAGUCACCCCAUCUCAAGUUGCAGUCUUACCAAAACCUAACAGUGCAUUUUAAGCCCACCUGCCCCACCCAACAAUAAACCACCAGGGUCCUCUCUGCCCCCUGCACUGGGAAUGUUCACCCCUCAAUCCUCUCCCAGCAGCUCAAAAAAAGAGAGGGGGAAAAAGCUUAUUUAAUAUAGGACAAGACACGGGAGGCAACUGCUGUGGUGCCCAGCACCACCUGAACAGAAGGCAAGAGCGGAAAGAGCUCCUGCCACACAUCCCUUUUGCAGCCUUCCCAGGGGAGUAAGCCGAGAGCCAAGCCCAGAUCGAGAAACUGGAGGAUCACGUUCCUGGGGAAAAAAACACAAAAUGGCAAAGGAGGUGGAAGGCUGGACUGCCUUGUCCUCCUGGCUCUGAUCUGACACAGCCAUUCGCAGCUGGAACAAUUCCUUCCACUUCCUCCUUGCCCUUUGCACCCAUGCAAGGCCGGCCGUGGUGCUUGUGUGGUUUCAGAGAGGUGAGAAAAGGCCUCAGACGGGUGGCCCUUUCUCUGUUGUCUUUGGAGGCAGACAAUCCCUCCACCAAAGGUUGAGGGAAAGGCACACACAGUGGAUCGGGGGGGGGGGGGCUGGAAAUACUCUCCGCUCAGGACACACAUCAGGGGAAAGGGUUAGGUGGGAGGGAGAACAAACACUCAAAUUUAAUUCAGUUGAGCUAGCUGGGCUGGGACAAAGCACGCUCUUCCCACACGCACAGAAGAAAACAGUCUUCCAGAGCAGCUAAGGUCCCAAAGACCAUUUCAUCCCUUGUAUCUGGACCCCCACCCUUGCCGUGACUUCCUUCUAGGCGAGGGUCCUUCCCAUCCACACUCCCCACCCACCAACAAAGUCAAUUGCAUAACCAUUCCUAAAUCCAACUGGCAGGCCUUGAGUGUCACUUUUAAGAACAUUGCUACAUAGAGGGGGCAGGUGGUGGGUCUGGUUAAGAUGCAAGCGCUC